GGAGGCUGCCAUGAGAAAACACAAAUGGGUGAGAUGUCAUUUCUGAACAUGAUGUUACGCAUCUAUAUUUAUACCUUUUUAUUUUUGCACACAGCACUGCUGCAACCAGUACGUUUUUUUUCUUCUUCAAAUGUGUGUGGUGGUUAUGACUUCCUGGAACGGACAUGAACAGCCCCGCAGAGGCCUCGCAUUAAUGUUCACCCAGUAUGCAAAUGUAACGAAGCAGCACCUCGGACAUGGCCGGUCAUAAAAGCACAGGGACACCUCUAUGUCAAAUCUCGAGCUCAUAACUAUGAUGAUACUCAACAAAAAUAGACUGGACAUGGAUGUGGGCAUGUCUACCUUGUUUUCUGUGCUGCUGUUUCCAUCUUCUGCACAAUCACCUGGAAGAGAAAAUGUAAAAUGUACAACAUUUAGCUAAACUGUCAGGUCUUGGCAUGCAUCAGGUCUGCAUGCCAAAUAUCAUAAAUACUAUUAUGAAUGUUUUUUUUUAUUGUUUUAUUUUUUUUACCUUUCCUGCUCUUCUUUAUCCUGCCAGUAGAACACAUGAUGAAAACCACAAUGAAGACACAAUCAUCCGGAGAAUUAAACAGAACAAUAAGACCCAUAAGUGUGGGAUAAAUCAAAUUGCUGGAAAUGUUAGUUUAACUUCCACUGAGCUGGCAAUGAUGUAUUUUACACCAUAACAAAUCAUAUCAAACAUCAGAACAUUUAUACAACAGCUUUUUAGAGGCGUAGGUUUGAACCCACAGCAGUGUUUCCUUGAUAACGUGCGCUGCAACAGGAAACACGUAGGAUAUGCAAACCACAUCUGGCUAUGACCAACUGUCUAUAAAAAGCGGCUUACAAAACUUUCCGUGCUUAUAGAUCAACAUCAACAUUUUAUAACCAUACGAACAGCGCUGUUAUGUGCCGUCUAUUCUUAAAGCUUGACAGUCUGUCCUUAUCAGCACUGUUUCCUCUUUGAAGUAAAUGUACAAGCUGCUCGACAUGGGAGCCAAAAAUACAACAAUAUUUCAAUAAACACGUGCUUCCAGCUCUUUUACAUCACAGUUUCUUUUAAUCCUUAUCAGUUUUGUUUAAGGUUGUCACAGGAAAAUAUUCAUAUCCUAAUCGCCACCUGCUGAACAAUUGCAUGUGAGAGUGCCUUCAUGUAAGGACGACCACCUACCUUGAAGUGCAGUUCCCCAUGUCGUGCCCACAGAGUCUGGAUGUGUGUCAAAAGGUGGCAGGUUCAAAGUGCUCCGCCUGACACCGUUAUGGACACUGACAUCUCACUGAUCGCUCUGCUGCACACGGGCUGGAGAGAGAGAGAGAGGGAGGGGGGGAGAGAGAGAGAGAGAGAGAGAGAGAGAGAGAGAGAGGGUAGAGGCCACACAACAGCCUUUUGUGUUCCAAAAACACACACACACACACGCACACACACACAGACACACACACACACGCCCGCGUCAUCACUUUCACGUCUCAAAACAUCUGCAGAUGGUACCACGUUGUACACUAGAGGGCGCUGUCAGAGCAGUGAUUCUCAAACCACUGAGAAGGAACAUGGCUCCAGAGUCACUUUAGGAAAACGUAGGAGUGUCGCUGGUUCAGAUGAUGAAUCCGUGGACAUCGUACAGAAAGACUUAGUUCCAUGUGAAGUUGAUGUGAUGGUCUGGAGAGGCACGACGUGGAAAACUGUCCCACAACAACCUCUGACAGUCAGGUGCCCCGUGAAACACUGUGGAGAAUCACUAAAUGUCACCUGGUGUAAACAGCUCGACGAGAACAAUUGUAAACCAAUUAGUUACACAGAAAACGUAGAAAUCAGACAGACGGACGAACGCACUCAGGAUGAACUGAUCUCAUAUUUGACUUUCACGCGAAUUUCCAUUGGUGACAACGGCCUGUACAAGUGUACUUUGAAAGGACACAAGUAUCAGUUGAUCAGUCACAUCAUUAACAUCUCGGUUUCAGGUAGGCAGGUUUUGCUCCCUCAGUGCCAAAAUAUAGAUUCAUUUAAACGUCUAAAUUUAGGUACAAAUUGUAGAUAUUUUCUAUUAUUUUACAGAUUCAAACCAAGGGAUGAGCUACCAAGCGCUGCUGGAGAUAAAGAGGUGCCCUGGCUAUCCUACUCUUUCCUCUAUGUUGGCGUAGCUCUUCUGGUUAUCACACUGACAGCGGCCGCCAUCCUGAGUUGUUAUGGCUGUAAACUACUGCAGAAAGCCCAGCAUCACAACCUCCCCUGACGACCGACGGGAACAAGCCUGCUGUGGCAAACUCAGCAGAGGGGAAGUCAGGUGUCCGGCCGUGUGGUGAAUGCUGCCGUGAACCAACCGACAGACUGGGACACCUGUCAGAGGAUAGCAUGCUGCCACCAAACUAAAUAAAAACGCAGGAUAGGCCUUUAGCAUUUCAUUUGACACAUGCAGUUGCAAACACGGACGGAACAAGUAUACGUGGUUGUGUCAUGGUAACAUGGUGCCGAUACGUUAAGGCUUGUGGUCACGCAGAUGCACAAGACGUUCAUCAGCUGCACCAGAAGCAGCUUUGGGUUUAUUCUCUCACCCUCAGGUUUUAUCAGUACUUUCACGUUAUUUUUGUAUUUUAUUUUUUUAUUCUGCAAUAAUUUCAUUUACAUGACUUCAACAUUUCCUUGUUUAACUUUGUUGGCUAAAGCUUUGGUGGGUCGAUUUCUCAUGUGGAGACUCACUGAAUUAUCUUUGUGCAUUCGUCUGUUUUGAUUUGGUUUGAAGAUGAAUGUUUUUGGCGGCGUCUAUUUCUUGUUGAAUAAA